AUUAAAACCAGUAUAAUUAUUUAAUUAAUUAAUUAAGUGUGAUGCAAAUACAGUUUCAUGACCAGUUUAAAUUUAACCCGUACAUUGUGUGUGCUGCUUUUCCUCCUGGUUCACUGAUGCAGUACUUCAGUGAAGCACAGCGGCUCUUGAUUCAGUCUCAUCAGAGGCUCUGUGAGAAGCUGAUGCUGAGGAAGCGCUCUCUUAUCAGAGCCCAUCAGAGCACGUGUGAGAUGACUGACCUCCCGCGUGGCCUGUGAGAAUCACACGGGCCCGUGCCAACAGCGUUCUGUCCAGGGUUGACCCCUGCGAGUGACGUCUGUGUAGUGUGAGGUAUAUACGCUGGAGAGCCGUGGGAGGUGUUGAAGCUGUGAUGUGGUGCGUCUCUGACUCAUUGUCUGAGUGUGAAAAUAGCAGAGUCAGAUAAUUCUCGCCGUCUUGUUGAACUUCUUCGAGACUUGUUGGAUGUUUGCUCAAAGGAUACUAAUCACGGAUCGCAGCACACGUGACCUCGCCGAAGGUGAGCCGGAGCGCUGUCUGGGCUCUGAGGGCGAGGAUGAGGGCAGCGUCUGGGGGAUGGAGGUUCUGGACAGCAGAGAUGCUCAGGAUAAAGUCAGUCUGACGCCCAGCGAGGGCACGGAGCCCGGCAGUCCCGUCCCGUGUGCGGAGAGCUGGGCCGACACCGAAACCAGGCCGCUGAAAAUCCCAGCCGCAGACCCUGAACACUGUCAGGCUGACGCUCGUGUGAUGGACAGCACGCCGCAUUAUGACUCUGUGUCGCACCUGCUCAGCCCGAUUCACCCUCAACAAUGCAACGGAUCCGUCAGCUCGUACCAUUUAGACUCCGUUCACCGCGACAUGUCGCCCGUCUGCUGGUCACCCGGAGAACACGAGUCACACGAGGGCAAAGGUGAGAAGCCGUACGAAUGCUCGAACUGUAAGAAGCGCUUCAGUCACUCGGGCUCUUACAGCUCACACCUCAGCAGUAAGAAGUGUCUAAGCGGCGGCGGCGCGACAGGUAACAUCGCUCAUUAUAACGCCCAUCCCACGUACCUCUUCCCCUCGCCCACGUCGCCCCCUGCUGUCAGCGGGAGAAAGGGCUCUCGGUUCCCACCCGAGUCGUCCGUUCCCGUCCUGAGCCGUUCGUGGGACCCCGCGGAGGAUCUGGCUCUGAGGACGGGUGUGUUUAAGGGCACAACGCUUCUGCCGCUGCUACAGACGCGCAGCAAAUUUGAGCAUCUGCUGCAGGAGAUGCUGCGGAGGGAGGUGAGAGAUGAGAAACAAGCGAAAACUGAAAACUUCUCUCGGCUGUACGAUGCCCAAACGUCGCCCACAACCAAUCACCCGCCUUAUAGAGAGCUGUCGUCGCCACAGCGGGCGUCUUGGCAUUCUGUGCCGCAGCAGAUCCUCGUGCCUUUACCGACACCCGCGCAGCUGGAUAACCGCUGGCCGAGUGAAGAAAGCGCAAGUCCGAGAAAACCCACGUCACCUGCUUUACCCGAACGCCAGCAUCCGAUUGGCUCACGCUUUGGCUCUCCUCCCGGCUUGGACCUGUCAAUCAACACGUCGCCACGGCAACCAAACCACAUCCAGAACGAACCUUUAGACUUGUCUAUUCCUAAAGUGCAUUCGGUUGCGCUGCGGAAUCCGGCGUGUAACGGCAACUCAACACAUCACGAGGGCGUGUUUAAGAGACUGACUCCACCCUCCCAGCAGCAGGUGGGCGGGGCCUAUGCAGCAUCGCCACUGUUCAGCAGCACGGUGUUCGGCAGCUUCCCGCUCUUCAAUCACAUGAUCCCCCCCGGUUUGGGACACAACGGUCUGACAUCACUUCCUCUCACACCACCUGCGUCCAGUCCGGGCUUCCUGUCUCCUGUGGCGUAUAUGAUGGAGGCGGAGUCAGAGUCGAUGCUGAAAAGAAUACAACACGAAAGACAUUCGAUCAUGGCUGAAGCACUGAAUCGUGGCGGUCUGGAGUAUCUGUGUCUGAUGGAUGAUGGGAUGGAUGGAGAGAUCGUUCCUGGGAGGAAGAGACUGAAGAAGACGGAGGAAGGACUGUACGCCUGUGACAUCUGCGAUAAAACCUUCCAGAAGAGCAGCUCUCUGCUGCGCCAUAAAUAUGAGCACACAGGGAAGAGACCUCAUGAGUGUCAGAUCUGUAAGAAGGCGUUCAAACACAAGCAUCAUCUGAUUGAACACAGCCGCCUGCACUCCGGAGAGAAGCCGUAUCAGUGUGACAAGUGCGGCAAACGCUUCUCGCACUCGGGCUCGUACUCACAGCACAUGAACCACCGCUACGCCUUCUGCAGCCGCGACAGCGACCCGGACAUCAGCGAGCCACCCGCCGCUUACCUGAGCGACUCCAGCAGAGACGAGGAGGACGAGGAGGAGGAGGAGGAAGAGGAGAACGCUUACCGUGGAGGAGUGAGGACAGAGCAAACAGAUGGAAAACCCACAGACGGAAGCCAGAAACAGCAGAGUCCUGAUGGAGAGUGAGACCAGACCAUACUGCAGUGUUUACCAAAGAUGUGAAGCACAUAUUCACCACUGACGCGCCCUCUUUAGUGUUCAGACUGUGAACAAACACAUCCCAGCGCUUUUAGGCCAAAGACAAGUCUGUGUCCCUGGAGCACAAAACCAGUCAAAAGCGUCCAUUUAUUUAAAUUGAGAUUUAUGCAUCAUCUGAAAGCUGAAUAAAUAAUCUCUCCAUUGAUGUGUGGUUUGUUAGGCGGACAAUAUUUG